AUGACACGAACAGGUGGCCUGUACGCCAACAAGCGGGUUCUUGCGAAGAACUGUACCUCCUUCUUGGUGACCCCAUCACAUCUUCUGUUCACUACAUCUCAACACCUGCUGAAGUUUGUUCAUCUGAACCAUGUGGAUGAGAUGGAAGUGCCCGAAGAUACCCCGGAAACGGAUGAGAGAUGCCGCAGCCUUGAACGUGGAUCAAAACUCGUGUCCGUGAUGCCGUCGGUAUUCGGGGUCGUACUUCAGGCACCACGAGGUAACAUUGAGACUAUCUACCCUCGUGCGCUAGUCUUGGCAGGCAUUCGUACCUUCAUCGAUCAGAAGAAAUACCGUUCUGCAUUCUUGGCUUGUCGUAGCCAGAUGGUUGACUUGAACAUUCUCCAUGACUAUGCCCCUCAGCAGUUCCUGGAGAACAUUCUGCUUUUCGUUGAGCAAGUCAAGAAGAUUGAAUUCAUUGAUGACUUCCUAUCUCGUCUCAGCGAGGAUGAUGUCUCUCAAACAUUGUACAAAGAUACUCUUAAGAUCUCCAAGAACGAAUCCGCAGUUGUUGCUCAGCCAGAUGCUCCAAAUGUGCCUGCUGCUCUUAAAUCCACAAACAAAGAGGGCAAGAUCAACACUAUUUGUAAUGCUUUCUUGGAGGUUUUGCAAAGUCGCUUGGACACAAACUUGCAAAACUUGAUUACUGCACACGUGUGCAAGUCACCACCUGAUCUGGAAGCUGGCUUGGGGCUAGUUGCACGUCUACGGACUGAAAACCCUGAGCAAGCAGAUGAUGCCAUUGAGCACAUGUGUUUCUUGACAGAUGCCAACCGCCUCUACUCUCACGCACUUGGAAUUUAUGACCUCGAACUUACCCUUCUGGUCGCUCAACAAGCUCAGAUGGACCCCCGAGAAUAUCUUCCGUUCCUCCGCAAACUGCAGCAAUUGCCCGAGACUCGCCGUCAAUAUGAGAUUGACAACCACCUCUCGCGCUUCACAAAGGCCUUGAAGCACCUUUUCACCCUGGGAGCCCACGAAGAGAUUCUCGGCUACGUUGCCAAGCACGUCCUAUACAAAGAAGCUCUCGAGAUCUACAAAUACCAGCCGGAGCAGCAGAAAGAGAUCACGCAUCUCUAUGCCGACUACCUCUCUGGGGAAUCUAAACACAAGGAUGCUGCAAUUGCCUACGAGUCGCUCGAAGUGUACGGCGAGGCCUACAAAUCCUAUCACCUAGCUCAUAUGUGGCGAGAGUCUCUAUACUGUGCCAUGAUGGCCUCACUGUCCGAGGAAGAUCUGGCUACGCACAUUAAUGACCUCAUCGUAACCCUCGACGAGGCUCGUGACUAUGUGUCGGCAGCAACAAUUCAUGCAGAGCACCUGCAUGACAUUGAAACAGCCGCACAGCUUUUGUGUCGGGGUUCGAAGUUUGCCGAUGCCGCCCGUCUGCUAACGCUACACGGCAAAAAGGAACUGGUUGCAGACAUCGUCGACCCCGGACUGGCAGAGGCAAUGGGAUCAAUGACGGAUCUGCUCGCAGACUGCAAAUCCCAGCUCAAUGCCCAGGUUCCUCGCGUUCGCGAGCUGCGUCAACUUCGCGCCGCAGACCCUCUGGCCUUCUACGGUGGCGAUCCAACCGGCGGCGAAGGUGGCGUCGAUAUUCCCGACAACGUUUCUCUGGCACCCACAGAAGCGACCACGCUUGCUGGACGGACCAUGUUUACUCGGUACACUGGGAAGACCUCGUCAUCCCGCCACACCUCCAAGACUCGUCGCCGCGAGGAACGUAAGCGAGCCAAGGGUAAGAAGGGUACGAUCUACGAAGAAGAAUACCUGGUCAACAGUAUCAGGCGACUCAUGGAACGGGUCAAUUCUGCUGUUAAUGAGGCGGAGGCCCUUGUGGAUGCCCUCCUGCGCCGCAGCAUGCGCGAACGAGCCGCUGCCGUCGAGAAAGCGCUUGAAGAUGUAUUGAAGAUGUGUGCAGACUGCCGUGAGGACGUGUUUGAAAUCGAGGCUGUACCGGCUAAGAAGGCCGAAGACGAGGAGGAACCGGAAAUUCAAAUUACUUCUGGGUCUCGCGUGCUUGAGGAGAGUAUGGCGGCGAUUGCUUCUGGUGGGGCUGCCCGGAAAGAGGCCCCUGUUGUGAAGGAGAUUAAAAAGUCUUCCCUACUCGCCUAG